CAGUGAUUGAGCCGCUGCUGUGGCCACAUGCAGCCGGUUGAGGAGGCAGCUCGCUGAUGGACCGCUCCAGGGCAGCAGCAGCAGCAACGUCUGGGCACGCACAAAGCCUUUAAAGCCGUGAUUUCUAACAACAAUCGGGGGCGUCCCUCUAGCCCUGCGUGCUGCGGCGGAGAUUUUGAGGACAGGAGCGGAAAAAAAAAAGCGCAGGGGGAAGAUGGUGCAGUAACAAGGAGCACAUGGGGGCUGUGCAUCCGAACAGGCGAGCGUUAGGGCAACAAAACAAAUAAAAAAGGGAGAGAGAAGAUAAUGAACGGAGAUUUCCAAAAUACAUCCGGUGAGUCUGGUCGCUGGGUGGCCCAGUCUGGCGAGAACAGCUCGGCAGCGAUUGCCUCGGUGGUCCCGUUCUCGGAGAGCGUCAAUCCUUGGGAUGUGGUGCUGUGCACCUCGGGCACUGUCAUCUCCUGCGAGAACGCCGUGGUGGUGGUGACCAUUCUGCACAGCCCGAGCCUGCGAGCGCCCAUGUUCGUGCUGAUCGGCAGCCUGGCAGUGGCUGACCUGCUGGCGGGGGUCGGCCUCAUCGCCAACUUCGCCUUCGCCUACCUGCUGCGGUCGGAAGCGGCCAAGCUGCUCACUGUGGGGCUGGUGGUCGCCUCGUUCUCCGCCUCCAUCUGCAGCCUCAUGGCCAUCACCAUCGACCGCUAUCUCUCGCUGUACUACGCCUUGACUUACAACUCGGAGCGCACGGUCACUUUCACCUAUGUCAUGCUGGUCGUGCUGUGGGGGGUGUCCAGCUGCCUGGGAUUCUUGCCCGUCCUGGGCUGGAACUGCCUGAAAGAUGAGUCCACGUGUAGCGUCAUCAAGCCCCUGACGAAAAACAAUGUGGCCGUGCUCUCGGUCUCCUUCCUGCUCAUGUUCGCAAUGAUGCUCCAGCUCUACAUCCAGAUCUGUAAGAUAGUCAUGAGACACGCCCAUCAGAUCGCCUUGCAACACCAUUUCCUGGCCACGUCCCACUAUGUCACCACCAGGAAAGGGGUCUCCACUUUAGCCAUCAUUCUGGGCACCUUCGCUGCCUGCUGGAUGCCUUUCACCGUUUACUGCUUGAUAGCGGACUACACCUACCCCUCUAUCUACACCUAUGCUACCCUGCUACCUGCCACUUACAACUCCAUCAUUAACCCUGUCAUCUACGCCUUCCGAAACCAGGAGAUCCAGAAGGCGCUCUGGCUCAUCUGCUGCGGAUGUAUCCCUCCCAAUAUCUUACUCCGAGCACGGUCCCCUAGCGACGUAUAAUGAGUUGCUAAAGGGACCACUCUCAAAGGAGGGGAAUAUCCAGUACGGUUUCUCAGGCAGUUCCCCAUUGCACCGUAAUUUAUGUCACUCCCAUGCUUCCUAUAACUUUGAUCUUCAGGUAAAUCCUCGGGGACUGGGGAGUGUCUUCUCACUGUAGCUGGAACGAGAUCCCUGAACUGGGAGACAGCAGUGUUACAAAAUGAAUGUGCUGGCAGGGAUGUCCUCCUUGGUUUCUUUUUCCUUGAAUGUCAUUUGCUAGCAUUACCUAGCUUUAAAAUACGAAGAUUAACAGGUUACAGUGGUUAACGUUUCUAUGUUACUGAUGUUUUAUGUAUCUUACAUUUUUAUGGGGGGAGGUGUCAUUGGUAUUUUAAAUUACAGGGAGACAGCUCACUCCAUUAGUAAUUGAUACAAAACUAUUAUUUGUCAUUGUCCAUAUAGGCAGCAAUACUGUAAGAAGUCACUACAUAUUCACCAGGAUUUUCAACAUCUUGAUGUUUGACUAUGAAAGGUAGUGUUACUAAAAUAUAGUAGAUUGCCAAGACGAUGUAUAAUGCUUCAAUAAAUGGAGGUUAGGAAGACAAAAUCACAUUAUUAAUAAGCUUGAAUAUUUUAUGUAUGUCUUAGUUGCAGAAUAGUUUCAGUAAGUGAGCAGCAUAACACUAUACUUGAGAUGUGAAAUGGGGUGAGUUUCACCUUGUUUUCCUAUUCCUUUGACUAAAGCUUUUGGCAUCUAACCAUUCAAAACAAUAACUAAACUUUUGGAGGCACGUUUGUGGGAAGAGGAGCAUUUUUUUUUAAAUCCUCACUUGCUACCUUAUUAAUUUCAUUGUUAUCAAUAUACCAUGUACUAUGAUAGAGUUCAUGUACAUUCUCACUAAAUAAAUUACAUUAUAAUUGGUAAAACCGAGUGCAUUAAGCCCUGUGGUUUGACCAAUGAAUAAUUUGUACCCUAAACAGCCACUGUGUAAUGUAAUUUAAAUAACUUAAAGAUGUUGAAUAAGUUACACUGUCAUAUCUGCAUUUGAACAUAUUUUCCAAGCUAACCUUGAAUUUACAUGAAUUACAUGUGAAUUCUAAUCUCUUGUGGAUUGUAUAAAGCUAAUAAUUUCCUAAACUAAUCUGAAUUAUGUAAAAGGAUCCAGCAUAUAUCAUACAAUGUGACAAAGUGUAUCUAAAAACCACAAAAAUAUGUUAUUAAGUCACUUUAUUGCACUUUACUUUAGCUCACUGGUGAUGAUUUCAUAAGUACAGAUAUUGGCUCCUUGGCACUUCACAAUUCAUGUCAUUUAUAUCCCUAGAAUACCUGUACAAAUUUUCAUUUUUGAACAACUGAAAAUUGGCAGCAACAAUUACUUAUUAAAGUAAAUAGUGCAGUGCGAGGUUGUAAAUAGUGUUUGUAAGAAAGACUUAAAUCUUGCCUAACAUCUCUCAUGUUGGGGUGAGAAGAAGUUAGCUGUUGUCUAUUUGUAGCUGUCAAAAUGCAACUGAACAAUAAAUGUAAGAACAUGGUGUUGUGUAGAAGUGUGUUUUUAUAAUAUAAUAGUGAAAUGCACUUUAUUUUAGCAAAAAUGGCACAAUCAUGUCAUAUAGAAUAAGAAACAGCACUGAUUCUCUUUUCAUUUUCUUUUCUAUCAUUUGGACGAAAGUAACUUUCAUUGUAAAUUGUUAUUAAUUUU